UACACACACACACAGCAUGACAAUGAGGCUGGUGAACAUGAAGCAAGAAUUUCACAUUUUAUUAUUUCACGCCAGCAGGGCUGACGUGCUCGUAUUGCCUACUGAACUCCAGUCAUCGAGCAUUUACCUGGUUCUUAAAACCGUGCCACUCGCAAGUGCUGUCGCGUCGGGAAUUUAACCGACAGUCGGUUUGUUUACAUCUUUGUGACACGCGGUAUUCGGCCUUGUACGUUUGCUCAUUCUAUUGUCACCGAGUUAUUAUCAAGCAUGUCAGACAAGCAGAAGCAGCCUGAAGACAGCGGGGCCACGGAGGAUCACAAAACAGGCGAAGAGGUUCAGUUAAAGAGGACUAUCACCCUUUUAAAUGGAGUAACGAUCAUCAUAGGGUCUAUUAUUGGCUCUGGGAUUUUUGUCACCCCAAAGGGCGUCUUGGAAAAGUCAGGAUCAGUUGGUCUGUCCCUGAUAAUCUGGACGGCGUGUGGAUUUCUCUCCCUGGUCGGAGCUUUGUGUUAUGCUGAACUGGGUACAACCAUAAGCCGCUCUGGAGGAGAUUAUGCAUAUAUUUUUGAGACUUUUGGACCACUCUGUGCUUUCUUGCAAUUAUGGGUAAAUCUCAUCAUCAUUCGUCCAACUGCUCAGGCUAUUGUAGCUCUUACCUUCGCCAACUACAUUCUCCAGCCUUUCUUUCCCACAUGUGUGCCACCGGAUGUGGCUGUGCGGCUACUGGCAGCCAUGUGUAUAA